AGCACAAGGAAUUUGUAUUUGUAAUAAUUCAAUUUAUAUUUUAUAUGACAUGAAUAUUGAGCUCUUUGAGUACUUUAACACGACAAAUCAAACGUCGCCCCACUGUGAGGCGCACCUGAAUUUCGCCAAGCCGGUCGCGCAGCAACGAUGUGAAAGGCUGACAUUGUUGGACAAAAGUCGACGCUGCGACUAUGCCAGGAAUAGUGAUGCGUGCCAGGCCCGUGUGUUUAUGUUGAACUACAACUCGUUGUUCUACUGUGGCUGCGAUGACAACGAUCUAUUUCGAUUCAUGUGCAUCGUGUUGCUGCUCCUUGUCAGCUUCUUGCUCUUCUGGGUCAUAUGCUUUACCACGAAAAACUUCUUUGUGCCUGCUUUAAUGGACAUAUCGAAAAGUCUGAACAUUAAUGAAUAUUUCGCGGGACUAACCGUACUGACACUAGGCAAUAAUGCUCCAGAUAUUUUCGGUGGCAUUGUUACAAUACACUCGGACUCGCGUCACGUCUAUUCGGAUGCCAUGUCGGUGAAUCUAUUUGUGAGCGUAUUCACAUCAUCCAUUAUCAUAUGGAUAAAGCCAUUUGCCAUCGAUGGCACCUUCUUUCUUCGAGACGUGGGCUUCGUAUUGCUCUACGUAAGCUAUGUGGACUUUACAAUAAAGAUUUGCAAUGGUUACAUAACAGUUGCCUGGGCUGUUUCGAUGGCUCUCAUAUGUCCCAUUUAUGUUGUGGUUGUCGUUUGUGAUGAGUACCUUCAGUAUCGCAGGGAUAAGGAAUUGCGGGAGAAGACAAAACAAAUGUCAGAGUUGGAGGGCAGUCUUACCAACCACUCCUUAUCCUUCCCAACAAGCUCCCCAACCAGUCUUCUGGACAUAAGGCGACGCACGAAUGCGCCCAAUAGGCACAUACUUAAGCAAUUCUUUCAGGUCUUUGACACUCUGGACAGAAAGGGCUUCAGGAGCCAGUGGACCAUCUGCAAGAUGUGGGCGUUGAUUAAGGUCCCGCCACUGAUCCUCUUGCGCCUAUAUAUACCGCAAACGUAUUUCCAAGAUUGCGAGUAUACAUGGUCCAAGCUGCUUUGCUGCAUUCAGAUUUUCCUUACGCCCACAACCAUUAUUGUAUUGUUUGUUCAUAUCUAUUUAAAGCUGCAAAAAUGGACUCUACCCGCUGUUGGAAUCUGUUGUUGCAUAACCAUACCACUCUCGAUCGUAGCCUUUCGGCACUCGCGCACGGACACGGUGCCCCGCUGGUACACAUACAUGGCCAUAUUGAACGUGAUAGGCAGCAUUUUUAUCCUCUACGCGGCGACCAAAGAACUGGUUGCCGUGGUCGAAACUGUGGGCAUUACACUCAACCGCAGUCACACAUUCAUCGGCUGCACCCUCUUCACUUGGGGCUGUACCCUAUCUGAUUUUAUGUCAAAUUUGGGCAUGGCCCGCAAGGGAUUUCCCCGCAUGGCCUUCUCCGCUUGUUUUGGGUAUAUCAUAUUCGCCACCUUUGGGGGCGUUUGCUUGCCAGUUUUGUACAAUGUUAUAGCCACGCCACCAGGUGAGUUUCAAAUCACCGAGGGUACCGUUGGCGAAUCGGCCUCUAUUAUGCUGAUCAUAGGGCUCGUUAUGAUCAUUUUGUAUGGCGUUACCACUAAUUUUAUGUUACGUCGAUCCGGCGCACUGCUGGGCAUAACCAUCUAUGGGAUAUUUCUAAUAUUUGUUGUUUCCAGUGAGUUCGAGGUAACUCAUGCUUUCGGCACAGAUCACAGCCUGGAUCGCAGCCAGUUCGAUGAGAGUUAUAUACGAGAAUGAGGCAUA